AUGUCUAAAUCAUGGGGUACACUACGCGCUGAGCUACGUCUACUAGAACAUGAAACAGAGACGCUCUUAACAAGUGAUGCACCGACGCGCGCACAAGUGGAUGCACAAUUCACACAACGUCGUGGGGUGCUUCAACAACUCACGGCGUGUCUUGAGCAACAAUCGAAGCCUGGCAAUAAAGCGAUGCAUCUUGAGCGACACGCUGAAAUUCUACAAGAACAUGAAGUAGAAGCGCGACGUGUGCUGCAGCAGAAACAGGAAGCGGCUGAUCGUCGCAACUUGCUGGGGAAUGUGAAUGAGGAUAUUCGCAAGUUCAAGGGGAAUGCUGCUGGUGAAGAAGGUGCUAUGCUGCAGGAGCGCGAUCGAAUUGAGCAUUCCCACAGUAUGGCGGAUUCUGUCCUUGCGCAAGCGUUUGCGACACGGGAUGAGUUCAAUAUGCAGCGAGUGAGCCUGCAGAACAUUGGGCAGCGUAUCCAGGCGAGUUCACAGAAGAUCCCGGGGAUGAAUGUGUUGCUGAAUAAGAUCAACACGCGGCAAAAGCGCAAUGCCGUAAUCCUGGCUGCGGUGAUGUCUGUGUGCAUGCUGGUUGUGUUCUUUGCGUAG